AUGGACACUCCCCGGGGCAGCCGGUCCCCUCCUGGUGUGAUGGAGGGCCCCUUGGCCCACCCAGUGGGGAUCACCUCCCUGCAGUGGCUGUGGUGGUGGCACCUUGCUGCCCAAGCCUUGCUCCGGCCAAAUGCCUCGCUGGCCUCCCGCUGCGACCGUCUGCUGCCCUGGAAAACGAGAACCUGUGUUUCGCUGGUGUAUCUGGAGUACUUCAUUAUAGUAGUUACUACAAUUCAUGUAGAGACUAGCGCAAGGAAUUUGGCACCUUUUUGGGCAUACAUCCUGGGUGCAUUAGGACUUUUUAUCUACCAGUCUCUGGAUGCCAUUGAUGGGAAGCAAGCCAGAAGAACAAACAGUAGUUCUCCUCUAGGAGAACUCUUUGAUCAUGGUUGCGACUCUAUUUCCACAGUUUUUGUUGUCCUUGGAUCCUGCAUAGCAAUCCGACUAGGAACAAAUCCUGACUGGUUAUUUUUCUGUUGUUUUGUGGGACUGUUCAUGUUCUAUUCUGCUCACUGGCAGACAUAUGUAUCAGGCAUACUAAGGUUUGGAAAAGUUGAUGUAACUGAAGUUCAGAUAGCCAUAACAAUGCUGCUCUUGAUAUCUGCAUAUGGUGGCACAGCAAUAUGGGAGUAUAAGGUCCCUUUGGUGGGCUUAGAACUGAAGUUCUUUGCAGUUUUUGGCAUACUAUGUGGAACAGCACUUUCUUUUUUCAAUUACUUCCGUGUCAUCUUUGGUGGAGGGGUUGGAAAGAACGGAUCUACAAUAGCAGUGGCUCACAUGACAAAAAGUGAAAUCUGCCUUCAGGACACUGCAUUUAUUGGGCCAGGACUUCUAUUUUUGGACCAGUACUUCAACAGUUUUGUUGAUGAAUAUAUUGUUCUAUGGAUAGCAUUGUUCAUAUCCUUGUUUGAUAUGCUGAGAUAUGCCACUGGUGUAUGCCUACAGAUUGCUGCUCAUCUUCAUAUACAUGUCUUCAGAAUUUCAUCUCAUCAAGCUCCUGAACAGGUUCAAAACCAUAAUGACUGAUUAAAUAGGUCAAGGACAAGAGGAGAAGCAGUUAGGGGAAUGCUGAAUGAAGCAGCCUCUCUUUUUUGGGAAGACAGAUUAAGCUUUUCAAGAAAAUAGUUUUAUGAGAAAGCUCUCUCUAUCCCAGAUAUUACCAGAUG